AUGAAAUUUAUCUCUCAGGCUUGUGCUGCCGCACUUCUAUCGCUGGCCCCACUGGUUGCUGCUUCUUGUGACUAUGUUGGAGGCAACUACUACUGUUCCGAAACAGAUGCAGUAAUCUACCAGAAUGUUGGCUACUCUGGCUCGUACCAAGACGUCACUAGCAUGGAUGAGAGUUCAUGUUCUUGCUCGCAAGAGUCCGUUUCUUUCGAGGGUUCGAUGUCCCCAUUGAACGAAGAGUUAUCUGUUCAUUUCAGAGGACCUUUGGAACUUUUGCAAUUCGGUGUUUACUAUCCAAGCUCCGGGAACUCUCUGAAGAAAAGAGAGGACUGCGAUGUCGCUACUCGUCACCACGACCACAAGCGUGAUGUUGCAGUGGCUAUAGUUCACGUCACUUCAACGAUGUACGUUGACGGUAACGGUGACCCAGUCGCCUCUACUAACCCAUCAGCAACUGCAAUUUACACCACGUCUUCAACCUUGGCUCCAGCCUCUACUACCACUUCUGCUACUGCUGAUGAUGAAGCCUCCACUUCGGUUUCGAGUAGCGCUGCAGCUUCGUCCGAGGGCUCUUCCUCCUCCGCCUCUGUUUCCUCUGGCUCUUCCGCAUCGACUUCGUCAUCAUCUGCUUCAACUUCCUCAACUUCUAGCUCUGGUACAGGCUCCGGCUGGAACAGAGUUUCGUACUACACCCCCGGCUCUGCCAACAACUUGACCUUCAUGAAUCACCAAGGUGGAACCGCUGGGUCUGGUACUUGGUCCUCUUGCUUUGGUAACUCUAUUUCUUACUGUGCUGCCGACGGUGUUUCUGGUGCUGGCUCCCCUCAAGCAUUGGAUCAAGUUACUGUGCCAUCUAACAAAGAAUACAUGAUUUUCUCGGGCGUCAAGUGUUCUGACACAUCUUCUGGCUCUUGUGGUUACUACAGAGACGAUAUUCCAGCUUACCAUGGGUUUGGUGGCGAUACCAAGAUGUUUGUUUUUGAAUUUUCCAUGCCUCACGACGACUCUUCGUCUUACAACGGCGACAUGCCUGCUAUAUGGAUGCUGAAUGCCAAGAUUCCACGUACUCUGCAAUAUGGUAACUCCGACUGCUCUUGUUGGGGCACCGGCUGCGGUGAAUUAGAUCUGUUUGAGAUCUUAUCUAGCGGUAGUGAGAAGCUGAUCACACACUUGCAUGACGGCCAAGGAGACAAUGGAAACAGUCAAGGAGGGGGUGGUACUCAGGAUUACUUUGAGAGACCCACUUCCGGAACUUUGAAGGCCGCGGUAAUCUUUGAUGGCUCUGAUCAAACUUUGCACGUCGUAAAAGUUGAUGGUGACUUCAGCUCUACACUGAGUGCCAGCACUGUGAACAAAUGGCUAAAGGAAAGUGCUUCGGUCGCAAACUUGUCUUAA